AUGUCUUCCUCAAACCCAAAAGUCGGCCGUCGUCCAUGGAAAAAAGAAGAACGUAUGCUAUGGAAUGGAGCGUAUAGAUUGCAUCAUGGCCUCACUCCAUUGUACCUAAAUUGGGAGUGGAAGGAUAUUCCAGGGUUUAUUGGCAAGCGUACUUACCAAGGGCAAGAGAAUUACCGAUCAGUACACGCAUGUGAAACACAUUAUGAAAGCAACAAAAAGAGGUUUAAGGACGAAUAUAACCAGCCUAAUAAAACUGCUACUCAACACGGUAUCCCUCCAAGUAUGUCAGUCUUACUCCAAGACCUCGUGUUCUAGCUGACACAGUUUCACAGGGCAACUUCAAGCUUACGAGGUUCACUUUAAAGUUAAAAGGAAAGAGGCUGUUCUAGAAGAAAACAGGCGUUAUUUGGUAGAAAAUGCGAACAAUAUGGAAGAUUUCUCUAGGGAGGUUGGGGGACGCACACAAGCAGAAAGUCAAGCUAUCUGUGAUGCACGUUUCAGGAUGGAUCCUCCAUCAGGAGAAACUAUUUGGAGAUGGCAGGACUGUUUAUAGUGGCUGAUAGAUUGUCGAGGGUUUGAUAAGGGCACGAAAAUAGCUAUAAUCAAAUCGUGGUGGCAUAGGGCAGGCAAGUUUGCUGACUUGACACCAAAUCCAGAAGCCACUAGAGAUUAUACACCACCCCGUAAGUACAAUAUAUCGCUUGAUAAAGGUAGAGAUUAACUGAAUGGUUGAUAUAGGAUUACGACAUCCAAGAGAUCCAAAACAGCAAGAAUCUUCAUCUGACAAUGAAGAAUCUUCGUCUGAUGAUGAAGUUAAAGCGGCUGCGAAUGUGCUGAAGGGUCUUUCAGAAGAGAUAAUUAGAGAGAUGAGUGAGGAGACUCAAGAGAACCUUGAUGAAGAUUAUGAAGCUUUUGACGCUUCUGGUGCUUCUCUUCUUAAUGACCCUACGAACCCUGCGAUCGCGCUCAUGCCGGGCCCCUUUGGCCAGCCCCCAGAAAGCUAUGAGAGAAUACAGUGA